AUGCUUGUGCAAGGCGUUGUCAGCUACGAGGGAGAGAAAUGGGCCAAGCACAGGAAGAUCAGCAACUCUGCUUUCCAUUUGGACAAACUCAAGCUGAUGAUACCUGCCUUCGUUUUGAGCUGUGAAGAAAUUGUGAGUGAAUGGGAAAAGAGUGCAACAUCAAGAACUGCAUUGAGCAGAAGCUACCGACAAGGUAGGAGAAUCUUCGAGCUGCAAAGGGAGCAGGCCGACUACGCCAUGAAGGCCAUGCGAUCUAUUUACAUUCCCGGAUGGAGACAUGUGCCCAUGAAAACGUACAAGAGAAUGGUGGAAAUAUCAAAGGAGGUUCGCUCCACAAUCUGUGAUCUCAUCGAUACAAGGGUUGAAGCGAUGGGAAGAAAGGAAGCCAAGCAUGAAGACUUGCUUGGCAUAUUGUUGGAGUCGAAUUCAGCAAGAGCUUCGGGAUAA